AUGAUUCAAGAAGAAACGCGAGUGCUAUAUCAUCUGACUGCAUCAUUGAAAGAUAGUUGUGAAAAUAAUAGCAUUAUGAUUGGUGGACUCGAAUCAGCUUUUCAGGAUCAUGAAAAUGAACAUUCUAUAAAUGUUGAUGCAGAUUCAAUUUAUCAAAGCAAAAAUUUUUAUCAACUCAUAGAAUCUAGAGUUAGCACACUGGAAACUAUAACAAUUAGUAAUGCAAACUUGAAGCUAGCAAGUGAAACUAUCAUUUUUGCUGCACCAUGUGGAAAAGAAAAUUUAAUAAAUGAGUAUUGGAAGACUAUUGAAAAAACUGUGACUAAUGUGCAUGGAAUUUUAUGGAGUGCUGGGGAUGUUGACUAUCGUGAAGUAUCAAAUAUAAUUAAUGAAAAACUAGGUGGUGAUUUGGAAUUUAUCUAUGUAAAAGGUGCUGAGAAAAAAAAAUGGCUAUCAGAAAUUUUGAAAUCACAGACUGCAACAAUCAUCAACCUUGAUGAUCUUGAUUGUCCACCAGAUGAAAAAUUAUAUAAUCUACCAACAUUGAGGCAUAUGACUUGUCAUACAGAAUGCAUUAAUUAUAUUUGUGCUGCUGAAAAUGUAAAUCGAUACGAAUAUUGGUUUGCUAGAGCCUUUACAUUUCGACCAUCUCUUCGCAAGUCUAUCAUGUUCUAUAGUAUUGUCGAAAAUUUGGCAGAUAUGUCUGCUAAAGAUAUUGCGCUGAUUCCAACAAUGGCAAUCAUCAAAUUUUCCGCUCAUGAAAUAGAUAAAGUCUGGGAUAAGCUGUUCGAAAACCAGAAACAAAAUCCUCAGGUUUCAGGAUUGUGCAGAUGUAGCAAGCAUUCAAUUGAUUGUGGAGAUGGUGAUAUAGCUGGAUGUUUUUUUUAUUUACUAAUAAAAGACUGUGAGAAAAGUGCUGCAGAACAAUCUUCUACUAAAAUGAUCAUAAUGCCAAAAAAAUUAUUUGCAUUAGUAAAAUGGACAGAAGGACAAUAUAACGGUUCAUAUACAGUUGGCAUGGAUGUCAAUUGUAUCAAGAAAUUUGAUGACAAAAAAUUUAUCAAUGAUCAGUAUGACCCAGAACAACCAUUUGUUAUUGAAUGGCGUGAUUCAGCACGCAAACCACUUGGAGGCUGGUUACUGUAUGAAGCUCAUAUUAUUGCAAUAUCAGCUAGUAUAAGUGUGUUGGAAAAAAAAAUGAGCAUCAUUGAUGGGUUUCAAUCUCCUGACCGUACAAUUAAUCCAAAGUCUUUAUCUAUUGAUGAAUCAAGUACACCAAAAAUGUCAAAUAAAAAACAACUUAAAACUUCAGAGAUCAUUCACAUCAAUCUAAAAAAUGAUGAUAAACAAAGAACAAGAAGAGAAAAUAUUGAAAGAAUAGUACAUACAAUUAAACAAACAGUCAAUUUGGAAAAAGAAUAUGAUGAGAAAAUAUCAAGUGAUAGAGAUUCUAAAGAUGAAAUUGAGGAACGAAAAAUAACAAAUAAAAAGAAACCAAUAAUCAAUUUAGAACAGGAAAAUAAAAUUGAAAGAACCAACAAUAUAAUUGAACCAUCAAUCAAUUCGGAACAAGAAAAUGAUAACAAAAUAUCAUGUGAUGAAGAUAUUGAUGAAAAAAAUAACAACAGUAUAAUUGAACAAUCAAUCAAUUUGGAACAAGAAUAUGAUGAACAAAUAUUGAGUGAUCAACAUUUUAAUAAUAACAUUGAUAAAUCCAAAAUAAUAAAACAAAAUGAGCCCUCAAAUAAAUUAAAAACUAAUGAGGAUGUAAAUGUUAGUAACAAACGGAAAUCUAAUAAAGAAUAUGUCACCAAAGAAGAUUUAAAAAACUUUGCAGCAGAUCUUUUAACUCAGCUUGGAAUUAAUCCUCGUAAAAAAUAUAAAACAUCAGAUUCUACUGAUGAAAAUUCCAAAACUGAUUCUAAUAUUAAGCUAAAAGUUUUAGAAUCAAAAGAUAAAGAACAUCAAUUAGAAAUUCCAUAUAAUAAAUGGAAAACCGCUAAAACUAAAUCAACAUGCACAUCGAUGACAUGGUCAUUAGUUUUGGCAGCGUUUGACCAAAAAACUUUGAUUGCUAGUAAUUAUCAUGGAGGUGCAUCUAAAAAAAUUAGCAAUGAUAAAAACCAAAUUAAAUUGAAGAGAGUUGACGAAAAUAUUAUUCUUAUUAUAAAAGAAACUGUCAAGGAUAAAUUUUCAACACAAUUCAAUGCUGUAUCUUUUGGUUCAAACAUAAAUACAAGAUUGUCACAAUUACGGAAAAAUAUACAACGACAACAGUUAAUUUUUAUAUAA